GGCUGCGCAGCGGAUCGGGGGGCACGGCCGCCCGGGGCGCCGCCCGCCGCAUGGCGGCGCCCCCUGCAGAGCCCCCUGGCGCGGAGCAGGCGCAGGAAAAUGGGCGAGGAGAUGCAGCCGCGGCGGACGAGGAUCCAUGCAAGGCGCUGCCAAUCUACCCGCAUCGUGAGGCGAUCUUGGAGCAUGUGCGCCAGCACCGCGUGACCCACAUCCAGGGGGAGACUGGCUGCGGCAAGAGCACGCAGGUGCCCAAGUACAUUAUGGAGGAGGCCGAGAGCUUGCGAAAAGCUGGAAAGAGCGACUGCGAUACCAAGAUCGUCGUGACGCAGCCCAGAAGAAUGGCGGCCAUCAGCCUCGCGAAGAGGUGUGCCCAGGAAGUAGGCGAGGAGGUAGGCAAGACGGUGGGUUAUAAGAUCAGCGGCGACUCUGUCAGCGGGAAGCUCUGCUUCGCGACCACCGGCUUUUUAUUGCAGGUGCUGGUGAAUCAGCCAGAAGAGUUCGGCACCUAUUCGCACAUUAUCCUUCUGCACGAGGUACACGAGCGGAGCGUCGAUGCUGACCUCCUCACGAUGUUGCUGAAGCUGCUGAUGCAGUGCUAUCCGCACGUCAAGCUCAUCGUCAUGAGCGCAACCCUCCAGGCGCACCUCUUUGCCGAGUACUUCAAAAAGGUCGAGCUCACCUACAUGGGCAAGAAGUUCGACGGGCCGAUACCCGAGGUGAAGCCCCUGUUCGUUGGCGUGCGCACCUUCCCCGUGGAGCAGGUCUACCUGGACGACCUGGACGCCAACUACAGGAUCGAGGGCGGGCAGGCCCGGCGAGCACUGGAGGGCGCCAUCAGAGCCAUGGACAAGGGCGGCGGCAAAGGAGGCAAAGGAGGCAAGGACAAGGGCAAGGGCAAGGGCAAGAAGGGCGACAACAGCGGCACAAUCGCCGGGAGUGCGUCGGGGUUCAAACGCGCGGAGCCGGCGAUCGUCGAAGGCUGCGACAUGCUCUGCAAGGAGCUGGUGCAGCAGAUGGCGAGGGAGAAGUGCACGCUCAUCGUCUUCCUGCCCGGCAUCGCGGACAUCACCUCCUUCUACGAGGCUCUGGCCCCGCUCGACGGCUCCCGAACCCGUGGCGGGGACAGCGGAGGCGGCUUCGUCAGGCAGAAGAGCUGGGACACGCUGCCAGACGGGUCCCCGAAGGUGCCCUCGAAGCAGCAGGCCGUUACGCUGAGGAUCUUCCCCAUGCACUCGCUGAUCCCGCGGGAGGAGCAGGAGGAGGUGUUCAACGCCCCCCCGAAGGGAGUGUGCCACAUAGUCCUGGCCUCGAACAUAGCCGAGAGCUCCCUGACCUUGCCUUCCGUCUGUGCGGUCAUAGACAUGUGCCUCCGGCGCUCCAUCGAGUACGACGCGAGGCGCCUCAUGUCUUGCCUGGUGACGACCUGGUGUUCCCAGUCCUCCUGCAAGCAGAGAUCCGGUCGUGCGGGGCGGACCAUGCCAGGCACCGCCGUGCGGAUGGUGACGCGGAACUUUUUCGAGACCAUGCGUCCGUGGAGAUGUUCGCGGCCUGGGACCACUUCGCGCCGACUAUCAGCGUGGACUUCGCCUUGCCCGGUUCCAUAGGGAACAACGCGUCCAUGGCCGGCGGCACCGUCGUUGUCCUCCCUGCUCUCUCCUCCCUCCUCUCCCCUUCUCCCUCCUCCUCCUCCUCCUCC